AUGGGCUGCGAGCAUCGACUGGAGUGGCGCAAAGGGCAGUGGCAGCUUGAGGUGCCGGUAUCUUCGAAUGAUACCAAGGCUCUCUGUGUCGAUGUCGCACCAGGCGAAGUUCGCAUUGGCGGCCUUGACAAAGAGCUUUGCAUCUCGGUGCCGGAACAUGCGCCUGUCGACGUCGAACGUUGUGUGACCAAGCUCCGGCACGGGAGGCUGGUACUUACGUGGCCCCUGGCAGCCCAGGGCUGUGAGCGGGAGUGCCUGGUGGUGAAGAAGAGCGCAGAGCCACUACUCUUCGUUUGCCACGAUUUCCUGGACAAGCGAACAUGCGCUGAUAUCAUCCAUGCCGCCAAGAGCUUUGGUAAAGCGACUCCUGUGUGCGGCGAGGAUGUUAAGUACGAAAUGCCUUUGUGGCCAGAAGAACACCCUGGAUUGGAUCCCGGCAUCUGCCGGCAGUUAGAGAUGAUUUACAGGAGAUUGGACCUGCUUUGUGGCACACCGAGGCGGCGAGAUGAACAGCCGCCUCGGGUGCACUUCCAAGCUCCUCACGGCGCUCUGCGGCAGCGAAUGUUGUCGGGCCUUCAUCUGGACACCAAUGGCGCUCCUCAUCGCUUCGUGACGGCCCUGGUCUACUUGGAUACGCUACCUCAACCCCAGGGCGAUGGCGCUACCGUCUUUCCCUGCGCGCACGGUGAACCGCCCGAGGUCCAUCCGUCAGAGUCCGUACAAAAGGCCGGCGAGGUGCUCUGGCGCGAGGGAGGUCUGCAUACCAAGAACUUAGCAGACCCCGACCUCGAGGGGCACGCCGAGGAACUGAUGGAUGGGGCGCAGAGACAGCAGGGGCUUUCUGUGUAUCCUGAGUGCGGCAAGUUGGCCCUCUUCUUCACCAGGGGGGACGCUGGUGAUGUGGACCCGAUGUCUUGGCACGGCGAUGGCAAGUUCUGGGAGAUUGUGCAGGAGGGUCAGAAAACAAUCUCGGCGUUUGGAAAGCUGGGCAGCACGGGCCGAACUGACAGUCAAGUCCACUAUGAGCUUGACGCGGCCACGAGGUUCGUAGAGAGCAAAAUCAAAGAGAAGACCAGAAAGGGCUACAAGAAGUGCGGCAAGUCAAAGGUGUGCCCUGGAUUCUUGGAGCCGAAGUAUUCCAAUGACUUCGUGCAGGACUUAGAUGAUCCAAAACAGCGCGCCAGAGGCUUGUGUCCCUUGGCCAGGGACGUGAUACGCCUCGAAGCUCACCACUCUCGACCUCACUAUCGACGAGAUUGUGGCAUGGGAGGAAAGAAAUGGACAGCAAAGGAAUGGCAAGAGUGGAAGGGCGGAAAGCCCCCCUGGCAUGGGCGUGUGUGGCCUGGGUCUUAUGCAGUGUCACCGCAUGCCAAAUCGGCGACCAAGCGGCCCUCAUACGAUCAGAUCGAACUCCAAGAAGAGCCCACAGCGACUGUCUUGCCAGAGAACAUCGAAGGCUACAACAUCAUGAGGGAAGUGCAAAAGGCGGUCUCGGUAGCCAAGAAGGCAGACAACCGCUUGAGACGACUGAAGGAGGACAGAGCUACGAAGACGGCUCAGUGGAAAGCCUUUGCCAAAAAGUCGCGCGACGACUACUUGGCGGAACUGGCCAGGUUCGAAGCAGCGAUCCAGAAGAUCGACCAGGACAUCCAAGCCUCGACGGAGACAGGACAGGAUGCCGCCAGGAAUGUCCAGGCGAUUGUGAAUGGAGAGCGGCCGACUGCCACAGCACCCAUGGAAACGGCGGAGGAUCCUUGGGAUGCCUUGUUGGCAACGAGCGAGGUACCGACCCAAGCGGGCUUCCUCCAGGAUGCCCUGGCGGCAGCGAGCAACCUGCGGGCCAGUACGGCACCACCUGGCAUGGCUCGGGCAUGCUAUCAGCCGAAGCUGCAACCAGACUCCUUCAUGCUACCCUGGCAGCGGUCCGAAGACCUUGCAAAGACGCUUGGCGAGAAGCGUGCAAUGUUUCCCUUCGGUCUCAACCCGGCCGGCAUAGACUCGGGCCAAACGGGAGCACAGGUGAUUACAGAGGACGAGGAGCUCGACCGUGCUGCGAAGCCGCCAGACCCAGGACGCUGGGCCGACAGACUGCCGGAGCCGGCUGGGCUUGCCAUCUCAUUGGGGAGAUGGCCUGUCCGCUUGUUCUCCGUCGGUCAAUGUCCUCCCAUUGACAUGUUGGCAAGUGCAGUCUGUGGACUUCUGUGGUCUCACUCAGUAGACUGCAGCUGCUUGGAUCUGCCCCUUCCUUGUCCGUCCUCCAUGACCGCCCAGGAAGCCGCUGAUCACCCACAUUGGGCUUUUGUGAUGGUGGUCCGCGACCCUCUCCGUUUCCUCUCCCCCCAGAGCUGGCACUGGGCUUGUGUUGGGCUCUGGCGGGGCUAUACCCUCCUUGUCUUUCAGCACACUGACUGGCACCCUGUCUCUGUGCAAAGGGCUUUUGCUCUUCCCCGGUUGCCUGGCUUCUUUUCGAGCAACCUGCCUCUUGGCUCUUCGGUGCCUGUCCUCCUCCAGGCGCUUCGGGGCACCGCCUUCGAUGUUAGCGUCAGCACACCUUGCUGGGACCCUUUCCCAUCCGACAUCUUUCCUGGGCUGAUCGAUGUCGAUGGUAUUGGGUCUCUCUCCUCCUCGCGGCCUGCACCCAUCCUUCUCGGGUCGCCCUCUUGGUCUUGCCCUUGGGGGACACCGCCUCCCAUCUGCAACUGCAACUGGGUGCGGAUUGUUUUGGAGAUCAAGCGCCUCGAGUUUUGGCUGCACUCCAUUUUUCCCGACCGUCUUCUUGAGGCAGUCGGCUACUUCCUGGUGCCGUUGUGUAGGGCCAUCCUCUUCCAGAUAGUGUUGGCCCUGUAUCUUUGCCUCUGGAAACAAAUUCCGGACCCUCUGGGCGCCAUUCUGGGCGUCCGCGCGGCAUGCCAUCAAUCGGCAAUCGGCUUCUUCUCUGGUGAGGUCGAUGGGACAGUCCCGGCUGCUGCAUCGGACAGUUCGAAGAUCUUCUUUGCAGCUGACCUGGACUUUGUCGAACCACAGCCAGAGGAAGGUUAUGUCUCGCUCCUUCUUGUUCCGCAGUGGCUCGAACACUCGGAACAUGCCGAAGUUGUUUUUGACUUUGCGGCUGUUGGGGGCCCGAUAUAUGCCGCCAUCGUUGAAAAGAAUCUCCCGCACGCUCAGGUCAUCGAACAUGCUAGUCGGCAUACAAUGUCCCCCUGGGAUGCCUUCCAGACUGGGCAUCCAGACCCGCUACGAUCGGAUAAGACCAUUCGGGUUUUGACCGGCGACACCAUUAAAUUUGUCCCAGUCUAUGGCAGACCUCACUGGUUCCCGCCUUCGGCAGAGUGUCUCGGGGAUCCUAGUUUCCUCUCAGCUGAGAUUCGGCAGAUCGUCAGCGAGGAAGUGUCAGACUCAUGGCUCAUUCUUGCGCCUGAUGUUGAGCGCGACAUCUUACACCCAGGACAGCCAGGUGAGGAGCUCGAGCUGCAUGCCGCAAGCGCUUUGCGUUGUCGUCGGGACCGGCUCAUGUUGUGUACCCCAGACAAAGCCACAUUUCACCCGUUUGUGCAUCAGGGAGCCCUUCUCUCUGGAGUUAUUGCAGCCCGGCAGAGAACACCGGCUGAGGCCUGCGGUGUCGCCCCCGGUGCUUUCAUCAUCCUCGACUGCCGCCCCGUUGGUAGAAAACCCACUUUCUAUUACACGGGGGAUUCACAUGUUGGGGAAGCCACUCUGCAUUACUUCCUCGACCUUCGCCCCCCUCGGGGCUACCGACCUGUUUUCAGCGGUCUUCCCAAAGCCGGCGAUGCUUUCUGUGUCCGCAAUGGCGGGGUUCUCCAUGUCGAUUUUGAGCCUUCUGCUCCCCCCCAACCCGAGGGGUCUGCUUUUGACUCAGCGGACAGCCACGCCGCUCUCAGCAUGCGUAACCCCUACCAGGCUCCGGGUGGACACCAAGGAGUCCCAUGGCAGCGAACGGUAGAUGAACAUCGGGAUGUGCACCCACCAGCCCGGUAUGAUGAUGAAGCACAUGUGCCGCCACCGGCCACUUUCACACGGGACAGGCCACAAGGAGCGCCGCCUCCAACUUUCCUGCACGGUCAUUUCCUUGUCUUUGCGCCUAGGUACAGGGCCGAGGUUCUCCCUCUAGUCUUGCGGGUGCCUUGCGAGCAAGAUGACGCGCUCAAUGAAGUACAGGAGGCACGGAAUGAGGACCAGUCCCUUUACUUUGAUACCCUACUUCCGGUCGAACCGCAACCGGACAACCGCUUCGCGUGCAUCCUGUCCUUACCGGAAUGGGCCACGACUCUGUGCCAUGUCCUAGUCGACCUCCGACAGGUCGACGGCAGACUUUUCAGCAUAGUUGUGCCUGAUCGGCUCUCCAGAGCCUCCCUCCUGGCCCUCGUGUCGCUCGUUGAUGAGCCCAGGCUGAACAUCUUCCUUGCCGAUCGACCUCUACCAGCAGACAGAGAAAUAGUCCCUGAAAAUGGAGGCCUGUUCACGUUCCUGCCAGACGGCCGUUUGCCGGGCCCACUUUAUCCCUUCGCCGAGCUGUUGGGCUCUGAACGCCACUGGGCUAUGCCGUGCCCUAUGUACCCAGGACCCGUCAGGUCUGCUGUGCUUGUAUACAAUGAUGGUGUGCCCAGAGUCAUCUCGUACGAGCCGAAUCCUGCACAUACCCUUCUUGAGUUUCGCAGGGUUGCCACCGGAUUGCUCGGAUAUCACCCAGCAGACACUGUCCUCCAUCUGUCCAGCCCUACUGUUGAGGAUGUCGAACAUUUCGGCCACACUUGCAAGGCGAUAUGCGUCGCCACUCGGAGUGUCAACAGCCCUGCCAGGGAUGCGAGUAGCACUGGAAUGCACAUAGUCAUCAUCGACACUAGACCGAUCCUUCGGGACAUCGAAUGGAUACUAGCGGACCAAGGGCAAAUUGACUUUGAUGGUCUGUGUGCCAGAUUCGAGACUGAGGCGCCCCCAGGCUAUGCCGUCAACAUUAAGGGGGGCCGACACGAACUUCGGCCAGAAGGCACCAUUGUGCAUGUUCCACAGGCUGGGAUCCUAGUAGUUCAGUACAUUGCAGAUUUCCUUGAAAACUCACCUGACCCAAGCAGCACGGCCCUCCAGGGCCAGCAGCAGGAGGAUGAGCAAGCGGACUCUGAAUCCACAUGCACUGACUCGAGUGGAUCGUCUGGGACCGACGGAGCCGGCGGUUGUCAACGGGAUAGGAGCCGUUCGCCCCGCCGUCCCGACGGAACUACCCACCAGGGCCCCAUGCCUGAAGCCACCACCGUCCUUGCCCACAAAAUUCAGGAUCUUCUUGACCCUGUUGGAGUCUCCAUCUGCUUCGACUCUUGGCCCGUCAGGUUUAGCCAUGGGCUUCUUUGGGAUCUUUGGCCUUGGUUUAGCACCUACAAACUCCUCGGGGAUUCGGGCUCCUGUCACGUCUCCCAGUGGAGGGAGCAGCUUCCCACCUUUGGUGAUGGGGAUCAAACUAGCUCCAAUUGGGCAUACUCAGCUCCACCUGACCAUAGAGAGCCUACAGCAGCUGACGACGAGGGACACUACGACGAAGUCGUACACCUGUCGGAGGAACGACGGCUCCACUUCGUCGUCGCUACUCCUGACUACUCUUUGUUCCAGGUUGAAGCCAUUCUCAUGCUCCCUGCGGUUCCCCCCGAAGCUCUUGAAGCAGUCCGUGAAGCUAGACCAACGGAGGACCGAAGACGGUUUCCCAUUUUACAUCCUGCUCGCCCCCAGCCAGUUUCUGGAAUCGGUGUCUUCAUUGCAGAGCCCAGCUGGGGACCGCAACCUCCAACGAUCUGCGUUGACACUAGACUUGUGGAUGGCCGACUCUUCGCAUACUGCGGUCGUACCUAUGCGGACCGCUUUGCCCUUCUGCAUGCGAUCGGCCUCUCUAGCCAACCUGCUCUUGACGUCUAUGUUGGGGAUGAUCAGGUCCCCCUUGCUGAUGGGGCAGAGCUACAUCUUGCAUCUGGCGACACUGUGCGCGUCGUGCCUGCGGGUCUGCCCAUCACACCGGCAACCAUGCUUACCGACUGCCUCCGCGAUCCAACAUGGUGGAGCACUGAUCCAUUUAGGGUUCCCCCUAGUCCAGUUGCCGCGUAUGGUUUAGUCUACGACGGCCAGACCGUCUUGCAUGAAACUGAUGUUACCUGUCCGACAAGGUACAAGCAUCAGAUCGCUGCCUGCUUGGGCUUACCUGUCUCCGGGUUCAAACUGUGUCCGGCGAACCCAAGGACUAGGGACUGUGCGAUCAAUGGCCAUCCAGUUCGUGCCAUCAUUGGUGUUGUUGAGUGCGAACACGUUAAUCCAGCAGCAUAUUGUGCCAUCGUCGACUGCCGUCCCCUGCGCAAUGGCUGGCUCACCAUCCCGUUCCAAGACGGACGAAUUGAUGCUUGGGCACUCCUUGACAUUCUCGACAUGCAAGCUCCACCAGGCCGGCGAGUUGUCCUAGUGGGACACCCCAGCUCACAGCGCUAUGCGGCUGUCCACCCAGGCAGCGUUAUAGUUGCCGAAUACGUCCCCUCUCGCCCCGCAACUAGUGACAGGCCUGCCAAUGCGGGCCCAGUUGAUGCUGCCACAGAUCCUCCACCGGUAGCCCAGACACUUGAUAGUGGCUCAGCUCCAGCGACUUUGACCGGAGGGCACACAGCCUACUCGACGAUCUUGACUACAAGCCUUGAAGCUGAGCCGAGUGAAGGCCCUUCCAGCGCUCCGUCCACUCAAGUCGGGACUAUGUCACAAUCAUACGCAGAAGCGACCUUUUGCAUCCUUGGACAGCACUAUGAGGCCGAGGUUGUCCGGAUAAGGAUUCCCAUUGGCAUUACGCCCACCGAAGUGCUUGAGGCAGUUAGUGCUGCGAGGAAUCCGGCUGUCCGUAGCUACCUCCCCAGGGUUGGCCAUGUCCCCAUUCAGUCGCUUGAAGGAGUCGGGGUCUUAGUUGGUUUACCCUUAUGGGACCCCUCUGGAGCCAUCGCCGUCCUUGAUAGCACCCGUGCAGGAGGAUGGAUUCAUGCGGCCCACCUUCCCGGUUUGGUGCAGAGAGAAGGAUUGCUAAUAGCGGCUGGGCUCUCCCCCUUCUCGGAGAUAGAGGUCUACCUCAAAGACAUUCCGUGGCCCAUCCAGCAAGGGGUCCAGGUGCCUAUCAGCCAUGGGGACACGGCAAUUUUUGUCCCCCCAAGACAUCCACACUUUGCCACAACUACCCUCUCUGCAAUGUUGAACUCAGCCGAUCAUUGGGACCCUCUAUGGGUUCCGCCUGCGCCUGCGAGUGAGCAUGCCUGGGUCCUCGCUCCCACUGCUGCAUUUUCUUUCGCAAUUACACCAGCCCGUCGGGGUCAGCUACGCCGUGACUUGUCUGCUGCCGCUGGUGUGGGCGAGACUGCUCUUAUCCUGUGCCCGUCAGAGCCCCUGGCUCCGGCCUAUACCCAUCAGGGGGUAAUCCAGGACCAUGUUUUUGCUGUCCUUGAUCCCGACCAGCACGCUGGUUCAAGCCCUGACCUCAGGACUUUCUGUUUUGUCGAUGCAAGGCCCCUGCUCCUCCGUGUUGAGUGCCUCCUUGUCGAUGACGGCGUUCUGCCAGGUGCGAGACUCCACGAACAGUAUGCCGGCAGAUGUCCACCGGGAUUUGUGCUCUGUUACUUUGAGCAGGAUGGUUUUGUCCACCCAGUUGAUAGGGAUGUUAGGGUUGCCGACCUUGACGUCUUAGUCCUCACUUUCCUGCCAGCACACUUCAUCCCACAUUCGCAUGGAGAUAACGGCCCCCCGGACCAGGAUGAUGGCCAGUCUCCUCAUGGGGAUGAUGGAUCCGAAGCGCCCCACGAAGAUGGGGAAUCAACUGUUGCGUCACAACGGUCUGCCUCGAUUGGCACGUCGAUUGGGAAUGAUGCCGGCACCGGUGGCUCUCGACGCCCUGGCUCACAGCCGACCACGACCAGCGCUGCUCUUGGCCUACCACGGCGUACGGAUGCACCAAGGAACUGCUUCAUCGUCAGUGUUGGGUUCUUGUUUCGUUCACCUCCCAGAAGGGGCCACCUUCCUGCCAUGUGGAACUGGGUAAAUGUGCUUCACGCCCUUUCAAGAGGGCCACCUGGGGACACCUCUGAUAGUGCUCUCGACCCCUUCUGCUUGAUCUUCUCUUUGCUUGCCCUCACUGGCGCUUUCCUGGCCUUCAGCCUUCGGGCUCUGAGCAGAGCGCCACUCCUCUGCUCAGUCGUCUUGCUUCAGACUCUGCUCCGCUCACAUGGGGUCGUCGCUGUCCAACUUGGUGGCACAGACAACACUGUCGUUUCCUGUGCACGCAACCCACCGGGCCUCCCUGGGUGUAUUGGAACCCGUCCGGUGCCUACGCCCUGCCGCAACCUUCACUCUGGAGGCCCACUGAGUAAGCCUCCGUUGCACCAGGACGAUGACUUCCACAACCUUAUCCAGGAACUUUCCCUUGACAAGGAUUCGACCUGGCACACUCUGCUUGAGUGUAGCAGACUUGAAAGUGCAGAUCGUCCGCUCUUCCUUGCAUGGACAUUGAUUGAAGCUCUGCUAGAGCACCAGCCAGCGGGCGACUCGCUAGGUGCGAGUGACACUGGUGAGGCAGAGUUCAGCCGACAUGCUCCCAGCCACCACGCUGUUGACCGAAGCCUCAUUCAGUCCCAGAGUCAGGGAGGGGCGACAGACAGGGACCUCCGCCCACCCAGGCCGAUUAAUCUCGCCGAGCACCUCCCACAGUGUCCCACGUUUGACCUCUCAACAGUUUCCGUUGACAUAGGUGCAAGUCUUGAUCAGGUCACUCGAUGUGUCGCCCGUGACUCCUGGCCGCUACAUCACCACCUGCCAGAGCUCGGGGAUCUCCACCCCGCAGCCAGAGAUUUUCUCAGCCACUGCUCGUUCGUUGACAGAGAGACGUGGCCUGCUGUAUCCUGCAACCUGGGGCAUGUCGACAUCUACACAGAUGGCUCAUUCGAUGGGGCUGGUAGCUCCUGGGCCUUCGUCGUCUUCGGUUGGUCAGAGGCUGUGUGCUACUUUCUAGGUUGGCAAGCAGGAGUUGUUCAAACCUCAUCUCACUCCCCAGAUUCCAUAGGAGCCAGAGAGCACAAUGCCCUGGCAGGAGAAUAUUCUGCGCUGAUUUGGGCGCUUUACUGGGGGACCCAGGUCUGCACCCUCCCCUCACUGGCAUAUCAUGCCGACUGCCUCUCCGCACUCCAGCAGGCCAAUGGCAAUUGGGGCAGCCAAUCUGGAGACCCGCUUAUGAUUGCCGCUCGGGCUUUACUUCAGCUACUCUGUGCUGUUCAGCCUGCAUUCAAGGGUACCAUCGGCCAUGUCCACUCCCAUCAAGGCCAACCAGGCAACGAACUUGCUGACUCAGUUGCCAAGUUCGCGGUACGGACAGCACACAAGGCCAUCCUAACCGACCAAGCGGCUGGACUCGCCCAGGCCAUCCGCGACGGCUCAGCCCAAUGGUGGUGGUUGAUCUGCACUGGAACGGCAGCACCGCAUGCAUGGCCUCAGAUCUGCGGCCCAUACCUAUCAGACCACAGUCGCUUCUCCGAUACCUUACCUCCGUCUGAUCGGGAGGCUCAAACAUGGUUCGGCUAUGCCCCGGGAAAAGCACACAAGCAAGAUCAGGCUAGGCUGCUCCGACUCAGGAUCCUCACUGUCAACGUUCAGACACUCAACGAUACUACCGUUACCGGAGACGACAGCCGAUCCUUUAAGGGCAGGGCGGGCUUCUUGAGGGAACAGCUCGAUACCCUCCAAAUCCACGUGACAGCUCUUCAAGAGACGCGGGUGACUGCCGACGACACAAUCACCUCGCAGUCUCACAUUCGUUUCUGCUCGGGCAGAGCCCCGAACGGAUGCUUGGGGGUUGAGAUUUGGUUUAGUCGCCUCCUCCCCUUCCUUGGCGAUAAGGGUUCUAGGAUGUUCUUCCAACCGGGGGACUUCAUUGUUGUUUUCGCCGACCCGCGAACAUUGAUUGUGCGCUUUGCCCGGGGCGGGGUGAAGGUCCUCUUUGUUUGUGUCCAUGGGCCUACCACCUGUGAUCCACAACGUGACUCAUGGUGGGCUCAGCUCCAUGAACGCCUGCAUCGGUUCAGUGAGGCACAUGAGGUUGUCCUCCUUGGGGAUUACAAUACCCACUUCUCCACUUCCAUCCCCGGACGUGUUGGAGCACUGGUCCUCCCUGGGUCAGGUUCGGUUCCUAUCGGACUCCAGCGGAUCCUUCAGUCACACGACAUUUGGCUGCCUGCCACGUUUCCAGACAUCCAUCAGGGGCCUUCUCUUACCUGGGUCGCCCCCUCGGGCACAUCGGGCUCCAGAAUCGACUUCGUUGGCAUCCCCUGUACAUGGAUUGCAGGCCCACAGUCAUCGUGCGUACAGACGGGCUUGGACUGGGGACAGGGACAUACCGACCACUACGCGGCACAGGUCGAAGUGUCAGCUCUAAUUCGAGCCUCAGCAAGUCGCUCCCAUAGAGUCCGGAUUGACAGGGAAGCCAUGUCCACUCCGGAAGGCCAGAUCACACUCUCCAAGAUCUGGAAACAGGCACCUCCGGUGCCAUGGACAGCCAAUGUGCAUCGACAUUGGGCCGUCCUGGAGGCCUACCUCAAUGGGGAGUUGGCUGCCGCCUUCCCCAACAAGCGGGGUCCAUGCCGGUCCUCUCACUUCAGUGAACACACCUGGAACCUACGUCAGAGGAGGGUGUGGCUGCGGCGUCAGAUCCUGCGUUGCCGCGAGGGUCUUGCUCCACCAGCUUUGCGCGCACCAUUUGUGGCAUGGAAACGCAGAUGCCGACUUUCCAUAGCCGAAUUUUCUGACAUCCUCCUUGUCAUGGGCCGACACCGCCGGCUCUUGGGGUUUGCGGCCGAGUUGCGCCAAACCCGCAAACUACUCCGUCAGGCGGUCCGCCACGACGUCCAGCACCGCAUUGCCACUGUUGCGGCGGAGGCUGAACACUGCGCCACCGCUGAAGCUGUUAAGCGUCUUAAGCCCAUCCUCGGUCCUCCUAAGCGCAAGGCAAGGACCCAUAAGGGUCUCCCCCUAGUGCUCAUGAGAGAUGGUAACCCCGCCACAACCGCGGAGGAGGUUGAAGACACCUGGGUCCAGCACUUUGCGGGCAUUGAGGAUGGCCGCAAAGUCCAGCCAGUCCAGCUUGCUGCUUCUUGUAUGGCUGUCCAGAAUAGCCGAGGGAUCGACCUGAUCCCCAUUACCAAGGAGGACCUGCCGAGCCGCAUUGAGCUCGAAACUGCAACCUCGACAGGGAGAGCUUCAGGUUUGGAUGGCAUCCCAGGUGAGGCCCUGCAUUGUGCUGUCGCGGCGGCGUCUGAGGCCUUGUAUCCGUUACUGCUCAAGACCAGCCUGCGACUAGCCGAACCGGUGCAAUUCAAAGGGGGUAGCCUUGAAGCUGCCUGGAAAGGCAAAGGAUCGCCAGCGGUCUGUGCCUCACACAGAGGCAUCCUCAUAUCGGCCGUGACCGGGAAAGCCUUUCAUCGCCUUCUUCGAACCCGGAGCGUGGGGCCACUGUCAUCCGUGACAUCCCCGUUGCAACUCGGGGGAUUGCCUUCCUGUCCAGUCACCGCUGUCUCUCAUUCCGUCCGUCUCUUUGUCGCGGCCGCGAGGGCUCGCAAACGGUCGUUUGCAGUCUUGUUUCUGGAUUUGCAGGAAGCCUUUUAUCGUGUGUGCCGUCCAUUGUUGACAGGAGAAAGCCUGAGCGAUGAGGCCAUCGCACAUGUUGCCACAACCAUCCGGCUGCCGCACGGAGUUCUUCACGAACUCCACCUGCACCUCUCCGGAGGCUCUGUGUUUGAGGGGAGCGGAGCAAGCCCCUGGCUCUCCCAAGCAAUGGGUGAGGUUUUGGAGGCCACAUGGUUCCGCUUCAAGGCGGGCCCCUCCCUCGUCCAAACCGGUAUCGGCAGUCGCCCCGGCGACAACUGUGCAGACGUUAUCUUUUCCUUCCUCUUCUCCAGAGUGCUCCAGGAAUUGUCCAAAGAUAUGACAGCUAUGGGAUGCACGACCCAAUUGCCAUACCAGGACUCCAUGCAUGACGCCAUCUUCCAGACUCCAGUCAGUCCCUCCCAGUCGAUUGAUAUUUUCGAUGCGACUUGGAUGGAUGACCUUGCAUUAAUGAUGUUGUCUGACUCAGCCGAGUCGGUUGUCACCAAAGCUGGGCAGGUUACAGGUGUAGUCCGAGGUCCGGUCUCCCCGCGAUCGGGCCGAGAAUGGGGAGUACGCGCCAGCCUUUUUAGGGACAAAGAACCGUCCAUUGCGAUCCCCUCGAGACUUUGGACUGCUGCUAGAGUCCGUGUCGUUACUUCGUACCGGCAUUUGGGGGGAACCAUCCACUUCACUGGCGACCUUGCCAGGGAGGUUCGGUCUCGGGUUGCGCUUGCACAUGACGCGUUCCAGAAAAAGAAACGUCAGAUCUUCGGAUCUCCUGCUGUGCCCAAAUCGGCCAAAGCCUCUCUUUACAACUCGCUCAUCCUCUCAGUUCUGCUUCAUGGGGCGGGAACAUGGCCCAGCCUCAGCGAGACAGCCCUUUCCUCCUUGGGCUCCGCGUAUGAGCGGAUGGCUUGUCACAUGUGCAGACCACACUGGGACUUUGAUCAGGCUCUUCACGCAGGGCGGGAUCAGGUUCUCGCAUACCUAGGCCUCCCUUCCAUCACAGUCCUCCUGCACAUCCACCGCCUCAGGCAUUUGCUGCUGUUCGUCCGUCUCAAGCUCGGCCAGCUUUGGGCUCUUGCCCACUGGGAGGGUGACUGGCUCGCAUCUGUCCGCUCUUCUUUAGACUGGCUCUGGCGGACCGUCCGACACUCCUCCGAGACCCGACCAUGGGAAGCGAUCUGGCCCGACUGGCUUCAUCAACUUCACACCGCACCGGGUAAGUGGAAGAGCUUACUCAAACGCGCUCAGGCUAAGGCCAUCCAUAUCGAGGCCUGGCAAGCUGCUCAUCACAGGCACUGCGCUCUCCUCAUCCACCACCUGGACAACCUUUUGGCGUUUCUUAAACAACAAGUCGAUUAUUUUUCAGGCAAAGAAACAACAGACAAGCAGCAAUAA